AGAGAGGGGGUAAAAAAGAGACAACCGCGAAUAAGCCAAAUAGCAGCAGCAGAAGCAGGCAGCCGCGGGUGUGGGUGCACUGCGUGAUAUCGUUGAGCAAAAAGUCACUUCAGUACCCUCACACCCUGUAUCAAACGGUUUCUGAGGGUAACAACAAAUUCAAUACAGUAUUCGUACGCGUCGUCGAGUGAAAAAUCCGGCCGGAAAUAGCUUUCAUGUACUUUUAAUCGAGGAAAAACGAAGUCUAACCUCAAUCUGGGCUUGAUCAGCAAACAGAGGGGAAAAGAGGUCUUACUUAUAUUGAAAGAAGGAGAGAAUCAUUGAGUAGUCGUCUCUUUCUUCCCCCGCUGUAGUACGCUUGAAAAAAAAUCAAAAUAUUCUCGUACUUGUAUCGUCGACUCAUCGUUUUUUGUGCAAGAGUAGGUAAUAGCGCGAGAGUCGGUGAUCUGGCGAGGCGGGUAGACAGAAUAAACCAGGAGUCGGAGUAACAGAUCAUGUAUUGAUGAAUCUGACCUCGGUCGUGCUGCCGAACGUGGCUGAGACGAGGGACCAGCAGGCGACACAUCAUCGCCACGAGACCGCUGGAUACAUCACUGACAGGCUGAGCUCGUUCAACUUGUCCGGCGGUGUACACCAUCUCGACACCCUGGCAUCGUCGGAGGAGUCAUCCAAGAGAAGCCAACCACACUUUGCAUACAGAGGUAGGAGAAACGCGGUCGACAGUUACGAGGAAGUUUUUGGGCAGCCGCUGAUUGUAGAUGAAAGCAGAAUGCCUCGACCAAAGAGAAGAUUAGCAACUACCACCAACCCUCUGGACGGAACUGAUGACAUGUCCAGGCUGCCAAGCAAACGCUCGAGGAUCACUACAAGUCGGCGAAACACAAAAGCAGACGAUGGAGGAACCUUUUCGCAAAAGCGCUGCACCAGUUGGUUCAGAGAGUACACGACAGUCGACGAUCCGGAUAUGCUGGGACCCGAGGGUAUGGAAAAAUUUUGCGAGGACAUCGGUGUCGAACCCGAAAACGUAGUGAUGCUCGUGUUAGCCCACAAGAUGGGUGCCAAUCAGAUGGGCUUUUUCACGCUAAACGAAUGGCUCAGGGGCCUGACGGAUCUCCAGUGUGACUCCAUCACCAAGAUCCAAAACAAGAUAGAUCACCUGAGAAAUUUACUCAACGACCCGCAAACUUUCAAGGCCAUUUAUAGAUACGCCUACGAUUUUGCUAGACAGGAUAAGGAUCAACGUAGUAUGGAUAUGGAAACCGCGAGAGUGAUGCUGCAGUUACUGUUAGGCAAGCAUUGGUCAUUGUUCUCGCAGUUUGCCAAAUUCUUGGAUCAAUCAAAGUACAAAGUCAUAAAUAAAGAUCAAUGGUGCAACAUUCUCGAGUUCUCCCGCACAAUAAGCGACGAUCUUUCGAAUUACGAUUUAGAUGGAGCGUGGCCGGUAAUGCUUGACGAAUUCGUCGAGUGGCUGAAAGCACAGCAGCAGGAGGAUACGUCAAAUUUGAUGGACACGCGGUACAGCUGAAACGCUGAACUGAUACUGAUCAUUUCCUCUGAUAAAAGAUACCCACCUAACCGAAGAAACAGUCCUAACUCAUAUGUUCAUUACCAAUAUUUGUUGAUAACUAAAUUUUUUCCUGAACCGAUGGAUAAACAAACAAAAACCAGCUAUCUGUUUUAUUCGUUCAACUGUUCACUGCGACAAGAAUCAGAGUUUAAUGGAUAAGUAGAAUUGAUUUAGUGUUACAAUUAGUUAGCUUAAAAAGUCUCAUGCUAUUGUAAACGACUGUGUCUAGAAAAACGCUUUGUGAUAAUCGGAAAAUAUUCCAAUAAUUAAAAACUUUUGAGUACAACUUGAAGUAUGUUUAAGAUUUUAACAAGUUUUUUUUUUGUUGUAUUUAUUAAUAUGUGAAAUUGAUAAAAAAUUUUAGCAGUGAGAAAGAGCUCCUUGAGCAACUUUUUUUUCCAAGAAAAAGUUUAUAACUUCAAACAAAAAUUUAUCACUAGUGUAUCGUUAAGAAGUAGAUGGAUACAAUAAAAUAAUUUGUGGAAUAUAUUUUUCACCAUUUGUGUUACAAUUGUCACUUAGUGUUUUUCUGUUAGUGAGACCCUACGAAUUUUGAGAUCUCGCUAGUGAUCGUGUCAUUUUCCAUCUUUGUUUUCUUUUACUGUUUGUCUACAAUUGUCUGCAAAAAAUUCAAGUGCAAGGUUUAUAAAUAACAAAGGUAAUAUUCAAGGAAAAUUCGAAUUGUUGUCGAAUUAUUCCAUACGAUGUAAUGAAAAAGAAUUCUGGAAUAGCGCCUUGUCAAAGGCAUUCUUCUUUCCACUUUUACAGCACCUAUUAGUUUUUAAGACAAUUAUUUCAUAUAGUUGUAUCAAAAAAUUCCUUGAGAACAAUAUUCAAGAACCAAAAGAUUAACAAGAUAAGAAAAAUAAUACAAAGAUCGAAUCUUGGAAUAUGAGAUGCGAGAAUUGUUGAAUAUGAAUAUAUUGAAAAAAAAAAAAAUUUAUGCUAUGAUGUUCAGUUGGAGCACAAUUUAGUACUAUUAACAUGUAUAUUUUUUUUAAAUUAACUACAAGGAUAUUUCAAAACUUAAAAC